AUGGAAGAGGACACAUCCGUUUUGCACCGUCUUUCUGAUAGACUUCCUUUCGAGCCAGACAGGCUGGCAGUGCUUUCAGAAAUGCUCGCAACGGUGAAAAGGUUGGAAAAGCACGCACUGGAGGAAAACUUGAGGAGCCUUCAGAUCAGUACGAUAUUCGAGUGCCUGAAUAGCAGUAAAAUGGACGAAGUGAUGAUCACAGGAGACAUCCUACGAAGUCUCCUAAACUCGAUGGACAGCAGUGAGGUACUCGCCCAAUACGGGCAGCUGCUGCAGGAGGCCAUCGCACACCCCACAGCAGAGGUGAAGCUCCUCGCCAUCAGGGAGCUAUUGCGUGCUGCUCAAAUGGAUUCUCUUGUGCCAGUGCUGCGUGACGACGGUUUUCUUAUCACGACAGUGCCUUGUGUUUUUUCCGACAACUCUGCUGUGACCGAAGCAGCAAAGCGUUUCUUUGUCAAGGUGUGCGAUACCAAGUCCGGCCUGGACGCAUUCUUUUCCGAACCUUUGAUGCGCUGCCUGAAUCAGUUCAUGAGCCACAGUGACGAAUAUCGUCUCAGGGGCUACGAAUUCGUGGGUGACAUAGCUGCUAGUUUGGACAGUGCGCUCACGAGAAGCGUCGAGUGUGGUUUCUUGGGCCAGAUGCUAGAAGAACUGAAGGGUGACGACGUCCUGUUCCAAUUCAACAUCCUCUCUGUACUGUCCAAAAUCGCUUCGACGGAACACGGAUUUUACUACCUGAAGAAUGCUAGCUUACUCGCCCACGCCGAAGCCAAGCUAUGCACCUCCCACCCUGCAGCACUGGACACCUUCGUCCUCCCCGGCUACGUCAGGUUCUUCGGUAGCGUUUUCUACGCGAGGCCUGCCGAAGCUCACGAGGCGUGCCCUUCCGUCUUGCCGAAGCUGUUCGGAAUAGUCGCUGCACCUGACAGCGACCUGUCGCUGCAAUCCGUCGCCAUGGAAACGAUCGGUCACAUCGCUGAGCCGGUGGCGGGCAAGCGCGUCUUGGACGGUCUCGGAACGGCCAUGCCGGAGCUGACGGCUAGACUCAAGCACUUCGCCAGGACCCUGCCCCUGGAGUACAAGGUCCGCGCUCUGAACGCGAUGGCCUGCGCCGUCGAUCUGCAACGCAGCGACCAGUCGGCGGAGACUCUGGCGCUGACGAGCCGCUGGUUCUCGACGGAAGCGUCCGGCUCGCCACUGGACGUGGUGGUGGCGUUGUGCAGGCAGCCGUUCCCCGCGCUCAAGAUGGCCUGUCUGCAGCUGCUCAGCGUGCUCGCUGGCCAGCCCUGGGGGCUGCAGCUUAUCCGCGACUACCCAGGACUCGUCGACUUUCUGCUCGACAGGUCCGGCGAGCCCAGCAAGCUGUGCAAAGAGGCCAAGUACAACGUCGUGCAGACCAUCGUCGCUGCGCAUUCAGCUCACGAAAUAUUCGGAUUUGAGGCCCUUGACAAAAUGAAUACCUUCAUCCAGCAGGGUCCAUUCUACGUCGAUCUGCAGGCUGAAGUAGCGUUUGAGGAAGACGAGUAA